CAGUGUGAACCAAUGGAUGUUUUUAAUAUUUUUUUUCUAUGAAGAUUUGGAUUCCUAGACUUGCCCAGGCACUUCUGUCUGCUAUAGCCGACUUAAGGCUUUAUUCAUUAAUGAAGCAACUAGAAAAUCAGCAAGUAGCAAGAUGGGUGUUUUUUUGCCAGUUAUGCUCUUGGUUCACAUGGUAUUGCUGUACCAGAACUCUUACAAACACCAUGGAAACUGUUCUCACUAUAAUUGCUCUUUUCUACUAUCCUUUGGAAGGUUCAAAGUCUAUGAACAGUGUCAAGUACUCAUCCCUGGUCGCACUUGCCUUCAUAAUUCGUCCCACAGCUCUCAUUCCAUGGAUACCUUUGUUCUUUAGACAUUUCUGGCAAGAACAGAGAAAGCUUGAUCUUAUUCUACAUCAAUUUUUACCUAUUGGAUUUGUCACUUUGAGUUGUUCUCUGAUAAUUGAUCGUAUGUUUUUUGGUCAGUGGACUCUGGUUCAGUAUAAUUUUUUGAAAUUUAACGUGCUGCAGAAUUUGGGAACAUUUUAUGGUUCUCACCCAUGGCACUGGUACUUCAGUCAAGGAUUUCCAGUUGUUUUGGGCACUCACCUACCCUUCUUUAUUCAUGGCUGCUUUCUAGCCCCAAAGAGGUACCGGAUACUUUUGGUGACUAUACUGUGGACACUUCUGGUUUACAGCAUGUUGAGCCACAAAGAAUUCAGGUUUAUCUAUCCAGUUUUACCAUUUUGUAUGGUAUUCUGUGGGUAUUCACUAAAUCACCUGAAAAUGUGGAAAAAAACAGCUCUAAGUUUCCUGUUUUUAUCAAAUAUGCUCCUUGCCCUCUAUACUGGUUUAGUUCAUCAACGAGGUACUCUGGAUGUCAUGUCUCAUAUUCAAGAACUCUGUUAUAACAAUCCAAAUAAAUCUGCAGUUUCAGUAUUUGUAAUGAUGCCUUGCCACUCUACUCCUUUUUAUAGCCAUGUUCACUACCCACUUCCAAUGCGAUUUCUCCAGUGUCCCCCAGAUCUGACUGGAAAAAGUCAGUAUCUUGAUGAAGCAGAUCUAUUUUAUCAAAAUCCCUUGAGCUGGCUGGCUGAAGAGUUUCACAGCAAUUCAACAUUGCCUACUUACUUAAUCAUAUUCAGCAUUUUGGAAGAGGAAAUAAGUGCUUUCCUAAUUUCAAGAAACUAUGAGAGAACUGCUGUUUUCUUCCACACUCACUUGCCAGAAGGUCGAACUGGAAGUCACAUAUACGUCUAUGAACGGAAAUUAAAAGGGAAACUCCAGAGAAGAUGAAAUUCUGAACUGUACUGAGAUCUUUCCCGGAGAAAUAGACACUGAGUAGAAAUACUCAGAUGUUGCUUAAAUACAGUAGUAAACACUGGGUAAGAUUCAUGGAACUAGCAAAAACCUAUGUAUUGCUUUACCAAAUAGUACUACUGAGGAAAUGUAUGAAAAAUGUCCCAAAGUAUGAAAUCGUAUAUUAAU